GCUCCAAUCACAUUUUUACUAAAAUUAUAAGAAAUCAAGAUUAAAAUUACAUUCUACAACUUAUGCUGCUUUUUAAAGCUCUUCUUAAUUUCAUUUUCUAUUGUAAUCUCUCUCUCUUUCCCAAUUUGCUGAGUUCAGUUAAGCUAGUAUUGUACACAGAUGUAAGUCGAUAUUCCUUGCAUCAUCGGUGUGGGUUCGACUUGAGAUCCUAAUUUUGCAGAGUUCCGCAGCAUCUCAAAGAGCAAUUGUGCUCAGAAAUAGCCAUUCUAGAACAGCAUUUCAGGCUAGCUGAAGUGCACAUGGGUAGGCAUUCUUGUUGUUACAAGCAGAAGUUAAGAAAAGGGCUGUGGUCUCCAGAGGAAGAUGAGAAACUUAUAAACCACAUAACUAAGUAUGGACAUGGCUGCUGGAGUUCGGUCCCAAAACUUGCAGGGCUACAACGUUGCGGCAAGAGCUGCAGAUUGAGGUGGAUUAAUUAUUUAAGGCCUGAUUUGAAAAGAGGGACUUUCUCAGAGGAUGAAGAAAAACUGAUAAUUGAACUUCACGCAGUUCUUGGAAAUAGGUGGUCUCAAAUUGCUACUCAGUUGCCUGGAAGAACAGACAAUGAAGUAAAGAACCUUUGGAACUCAUCCAUCAAGAAAAAACUAAGGCAAAGAGGGAUUGACCCUAUCACUCACAAACAUCUGACUGAGAUUGAAAAUGAAGAAAAUGCAUCUGUAACCACCAAAAAUGAUAAGAAAAUGUCGAAAGGAUCCAGUGAUGAUCAGCUAAUAGCAGAGGAGAAUGCAGAGCCCUCUUCAGUUUCUAUAGACAAUUGCAAUAAUAUGGCCGCACCGACGCCUACCCACAAUUUUUUCCUAAACAGGUUUCUAAUUAGCCAUGAAAAUGUCACUGCCAGUUCCCAGCAUCUAAAUUGCAGUCCCAAGACCGGGUUGUUGAUGAUCCCUGAUGGAAACUCAGUCUUCGAUUCGAACUCCAAGUGUUCUGAGAUAGCACUGGAGUUCAGUUCUUCUAUGACAACUACUUUGCCUCCUUCCAUGAGCCUUCCAUUGGAUAAUUCCACAGGCCUUCUCAGUGUCCACAAGUUUCAGAAAUGGGAUUGCACAGUUAGAAACAGUGCCAGUGCUAAACUACAAAGUAACUGCAGCACCUUUGAUUACAAUGACUUUCCAUGGGAACCUGCAGAUUCUGAAAAAUAUGAGAAAGAAGCCAGUAUUCAAGAAAUUAUCAGGCUGUCAGAUUAUAACCAAGGUUCAUUUUUACAAGGAAAUACUGCUCAACAUCAAAAUGAUCAGGACAUAUACAGGCAAAUGAAACCAGAAACUUCACUGAGGGCUAAUUGGCACCAGAAUCAGCAGCCUCUGCCGGCUGAAGACUUCUAUACUUAGCGUUUGCAGAGAUUUCCAGUGACUUUUGGAAAAUUCAAUAGGUGUGAGCUAUAGAGUUCUAUUUUUUAAAUCUGUACAAAAAAAUAAAUAAAAAAUAAAAAUAAAAAACAAGAAGCACCUAUGAAGAAAUUCUCAGCCC